AUGUCGAAUAAGGUGAAAAUAGUGAUGGUUGGUCCACCCGAGUGUGGGAAAACAACACUCACCAACUUUCUAAGUGAGGCUGGAGAAGUGGGAAGUGGGGAGUACAGACCCACCAAAGGCUGCAGGAUUCUGGAAUUCGAAGUGCCCAAUGUAACCUACAACAAUACUGCAGCCAGUGUUGAGGUUGAACUGUGGGAUGUCAGUGGAGAUAGGACCUAUGAGACGUGUUGGCCUGUCAUUCAGCAAGGGGCACAGGGCAUUAUCUUUGUUUACAGCCCAGGGCGAGAGGAACAUGCACGAGUCCUUGAUAACUUGUACACGCACUUUGCUGAACAACAGGCUGUAAGUGAAGCUCAGUGUGUCGUGUUCUGCCACUACAAACCAGGAGCCAGAGGGAAAGGGGCAAAACUUUCAACUCCCUUCAACAAAAUCUCCAAAAUCGACACGCACUUGGAUGAUGAUAGUGGAAGUGUGAAGAGGGAUUUUAAUGACUUCAUUGCAUCUGUCAUGGGUCACAUGUCUGAUGUUGUUGAGCGUCAAGAGAACUUUAUAUUGCAGUGAACCUCAGUGAAUUCAUGCAAUGAUAUAAAGAUGUUAUUAGCUCACAUGUACUUGUCAAUGUGCAGUGAGCUUACACCCAAGCAUAGACAAAAAAUUACACAUGAAGAUAUACACAUGAAGCCAGAUUUGAACUUCAAAACUUAAUGUGUGCACUGACAUUUUUUGUGAUACCCUUACUGUUAUUUAUGUACUUGCAAAAAAGAUUAAAUGCAAUGAUGUUUCUGGGCAACUCA